AUGGCCCCCUGGACCGUCCGCCCCGGCUACAAGACCUACCAGUCCCGCUUCGGCCCCAAGUACACCACCGCGCCCCACUUCCACGGCAUCAGCCUCGGCCGCGCCGUCAAGUUGUAUGUUUCCUUCCAACCUAUCCAUCCCCCCGUCCACACCUCCGUAUCACCCUUCCUCCUCCCGGGGUUCGUCGAGUAUGAGAAAAAUAGUCCGCGAGAAGAACUCGUUCUGCUGGAAACCAAGCAAAAGGGAGGGGAGAGGAGAGGAGAGGAGACAAUUGGACCUUGGAGUAGCGGCACUACCGUCGCCGGCUUCGGCGCCGCCGCCGGCGUCUUCGCCAUCUUCAUGUUCGCCGAGGUCCCCCGCGUGCGCGAGGACAUCAUGAAGAAGGUCCCCAUCCUGGGCGAGUACUUCGACGUCAAGGUUGCCCCCGAGGACAACCCUUUCUAA